CGCCGCUUCACGUCGCUUGAUCGCGCUGCUCCACGCGACGCCGUGCGACCCGCUCGAGAAGCGGGAGAGGUGGUCGGAGCUAAUGCACAAGUGGAGGCACGAGACAAUCGAGGGGGAGGCCACGUGGGGGCCCGACGCGCAAGAAAGGAAGCUCUGCCACGUGGCGCUGAGAGUGUUGGACGAGGGCCACGCCGCGAUGGCGGACGUCGACAGCCCAGUGUACUAUGCCGCUGCGACGCUCCGCUGCUGCUGCCACUUUCGCGAAGCGGUCCGCUCGGAAGUCGUCGGGACGGCCGGCCCACUUAUGGCGGCCCUGGGGACGGCAUAUGCCGGCAUGGCGGGCCUCGUUCGCACGUGCGAGGGGCGCGCCCCCGACGAGGAGGAGGCGCGGCGGUGGGAGGCGUUUGAGGGGGUGGCGACGAAGCUGUUGUUCUGCAUGGGGGCAGUUCUUGACGCGGAGCCCCUCGCGGGGGGGCUGCAAGAUCCGCGAUCGCUCGGAACGGGGGGGUGA